GAGGGAGAUCUGGAAAAACCCAGCCUUUAGUCCUAAAUUCGCUAAAACACAGAGUGAGGGAACAUACGUGGCAGACAUUAUUGUUCCUGUUAUUCGAGCUACAUUAAAAGAUUUGCCAAUCGGAAAAUCCGCAUAUAUUAGCACGGCGGAACGUCAAAGCGUGGCUAGCAAAGACAGAAGAGGAGGGAAAGGAAAGCGCCCAGACAUUAU